AAUCCGAACCCGCUUGAUCUUCUUCUUCUUUUAUAAGCCCUUUCUUUUUUCUUCCUGGUGCGAUUCUAGCCGAAAAAAAAAAAGAAAAACCCUAGAACUGAUGGCGAGGAAGAGAAAGCUCGACACCCAUGUCAUAGAGGUGAAGUCAGAGGACGAACAGCCAUCUAGCGAAUCCCCCGACGGGGAGGAGGAAAUAAGUGAAGAGGAAGAAGAAGAGAACGAACAUGAAGAUGCUGAUGAAGAUGAAGAAGAAGAAGAAGCAGAUGAAGAUGAAGAGGAAGAUGUUGAUGAAGAUGAGUUAGAGGGAGAUGAGGACGAAGCGGAGGAUUUCUCAAGCAAAGAAUCAAUCCGCAAGCUCCUCGAGCCUUUCGGCAAGGACCAAUUGAUCGAAAUGAUCCAGGAGGCCGUCCUCAAGAAUCCCUCCCUUCUCUCCCGCGUGGUCAAGACGGCUGAGGCCGAUCCCGUGCACCGCAAUAUCUUCGUCCAUGGUCUCGGCUGGGACGUCACCUCCGAGACCUUAGCCGCGGCCUUUUCCCCCUUUGGCAAGAUGGAUGAAUGCAAGGUGGUCACCGAUCACGCCACAGGACGAUGCAAAGGGUACGGUUUCAUACUCUUCAGCUCCCUUUCUGCGGCCCGGCGCGCUACCAAGGAGCCCUUAAAGAAGAUUGGUGGCCGCAUUACUCACUGCCAGCUCGCUUACUUGGGCCACACUUCUGGAGCUGGGCAGAUCCCCUCGGAGGUCACCGGCAGGAAGUUAUACGUUGGCAAUUUGGGAAGCAACGUUAAUCCUGAACGCCUCCUUGCAUUUUUCGCGAAAUUUGGAGAGAUCGAGCAGGGACCGCUUGGGUACGAUCCGGCAACGGGGAAGCUUCGUGGCUACGCACUUUUUAUCUACAAGACUGUGGAAGGGUUAAAUAAAGCUUUGGAAGAGCCAACGAAGUAUUUUGAGGGCUGUGAGCUGCACUGCAGGAAGGCAUUUGAAGGGUCUAAUAAGAUCAAUAAUACCCAGAUUGCACCAGCGGUUGCUUCGGAAACCGUGCUUACUGGGCGGCAGGCAAAUGAUUUCGCUCUUAGUUAUGCUCCUGCAGCUGCUUUGAUUGGGCAGAAAUUGACCCCAGCACCAACGACAGUGAUUGGACCGAGUGUUGGGGUUGGCCUGCUUAAUCCAGUAGCUGGGUUGUCUCCUGCUUUGAGUGUGGGAGGUGCUGGUUUUCCUCAACAACCUUACACAGUUGGAGGUGCUGGCAUUCCUCCACAGUCUUAUGCCAUUGGACCGGUUGGAUCAGCAAAUAGGGCAUCUGGGCUUGGUGUGAACAGUAUAAGCCCGAGUGUAAUUGGGAAUUAUGGUUCCCUGGCAGCGCUGCAGGGUAUUGGAGCUUACCAGAAUUCAGCAUCUUCUGCAGCUAUGAGGCCUCAGUCAGGAAUUAGUUCUUUGGGAGCGAGUGGGUUGGCACCUUUCUACGGGCAUUAAGGUCCAGAUAUAAAAAAGCAGUGGCUUUAUUUUUUUUAGAUGGAGUAUUUCCUUCAUGCAUAAGCAAGAGACAGCAGUCUAUGCUAUUUAAUCGUCUGUAGCUAAACAAUUGUAGUUGUUUCUUUGAUGGUUUUUCUGUCUGUUGAACAAUUAGCAUAUAAUGAACUGUAGCUUGGUUGCUCAGAUUCUAGACAUCAAUGCAUGCUCCAAAAAUUAUUUGGCAUCU